AGCCACGACUUUAUUAUUAUGACUGUUUUUAUGCAUACAACCAGCCAUAGUACAACCAAAACUGUUGUCCGUGGAUGAGCAUUCGGAGACGGAUCUGCUGCACAUUAGUGGCAUCAUUUGGUCUGAUCACUACCGACGCCACUCCGAGCCCCGUCAACAUCCUAAUACUUUUAUAUAAACCCCGACUUUCUUAACCCAGACCCCUAUUAUUCAUCGCUCAGCAGCUCCUGACUCACCACCUUCAAACAAUACCUACACUCGCGUCCCCCCUUGGGAAUUUCAGGCCUUGAAAGCAUCCUGUGCACCUUAAGAUUUUUUUUUAUCAUGUCAAAUGUGCACCAUGGAGAUGCGUCCUUCUUCCGGCCGGACAAGUAUCCAGGCGCCCAUUACGUCGUAACGUCAAGUAGAGCGAUUGACAGGAGAACAGGGAAGAUGAUUUCCGAGACACAUGCGCCGAUUCACAUUUCUCCUGUCAUAGAUGCUUCUGGGAAUGUCGUGUCCCACACUGUACAAUCGAGUGAUCCUCACGAGGAUCCCGAGCGUCUCGCAUUCUUCAGACACGUCGUAAACUCCCCUUCAAGCAGUAGAAGGGUCACCUUUGAAGCACCGAAGAGAACAUCCCCUUCUUCGCCCCCGUCACGGCCUUCGCGCUCCAAGACUACAUCUUCCUCUCCCUCCAAGUUCCGCAAGUUCACAAGAUGGAUAGCUCGCGUACGGCGAAGGCGGGAAGAAGAAAAAGCUAUUGAACUUAGACGUAAAGAGGACAAGCGCAGGCAAGAUCACAUCGAGCGGAUAGGAUGUAUGACUGCUAUAGCGGCGUACCUGGCGAGGGGCAGAAAAAAGAAAUCGAAGAGAACAGAUAGGGCGAGGGGUAAAGGCUUCUUCCAUAUCAUCCUUGGAUCCAAGUCUUCCCCCCGUCGCCGAUUCUUCCGCAGAAAAAGGCAAAGAGAGGACAGAACCUCCGUUCGGGUCAUCCUUGACCCCAAGUCUUCUCCCCGUCGCCGGUUCUUCCGCAGAAACAGAAUUGAGAGGCAAAGAGAGGACAUAACCCCCGUUCGGGUCACCCUUGAAACCAAGUCAUCCCCCGGCACCGGUUCUUUGGCAGAAAACAGACCGAGGAGAGGACAAACCGAAGAACGGAUAGAAGCCUCGUCCAGGGCAUCCUUGGGUUCAAGUCUUUUCCCCGGUACCGGUUUCGCGCACGGCGGACCAAGUCGUGAUGGAUAUGUCUUCAUGAUUUAGAGGAACAGUGCCAUCUUGAAUACGUGCAAGUAACGGCAGUACUGGCUGUGGGUUUUCGUGAUGACUGUGCAACUUCCGUAGUCCAGUACAUUCAUGAUCAAGUGUCCAAAGGGCGCUACGUGAAAGCUUCCUCUAGCUGCUAUAUCGGAAGCCACGCGUGGUAUCCAAUCCCUAAUGAAUGUAAUUAGUCGAGACAGAAAGUACUAAACUAUGGAUAUCAAGCU